UCUUCUCCUAUCCCCAAUUUAUAUUGAGGUCCACUGCUUUAGACUGAGUGCCAGGGACUGGAGGUGUGGCUCAUGCAGUAAAGCACCGCUUUGCAAGCGUGAAGACCUGAGUUCAAACUCCAGUCCCACCAAAAAAAAAAAAAGUUCCCUAGACUGAGUGUCAGUAUCUAUGCAUAUAAGCUUUAAGGUGUGGGUAUAUUGUCUGUUCUUUUAAAAAUCUUUUAUAGCUUGACUUUUUGGCCAUUUUUUGUUUCUGUAUUUGCAAGUUUACUGGUAUAAUUAACAGAUCAAAUAUAUUUGGGUAGGUUUUUUUUGUUUGUUUUUUUUUAAUGGAAUACUUCACGAAUUUGUGUGUCACACAGCAGACGUGCUAAUCUGUGUAUCUACGUACCAUUCCAAUUGUAGUAUAUGUACUGCUGAAGGGAGUUUUUUACCUACAUACUAGGUAAGGAGCUAAAAAAGGAAUAUUAUAGGAUGGCUAGAAGUAUAGGCUAUGGAGAUGGAAUAAUCGUCAUGGAUCUCAGGAUCUAUCAUUUAUUAACUUUCUGUUUUGGAGACAAAUUACUUAAUCUCUCUGUUUUGGUUUUCUCUGUAAAAUGGGAAUAACUGUUUCCUAGGGUUAUAUAAAGGUUAAAUGAGGAAGAUAGUGUUUCUGACCUUUUUCAUAUAACACACAGGUAAAUAAAAGGAUGAGCUACCAGGAAAUCUUGCAUAAGCCUUGCUCAGCUGACUUCAGAGCUAGAGGAAUUAAUAGCUUGGCCACACCUUCAGCUCAUUACUGGACUACAAGUCCAUAUAGAACACAUAAUGAGUAGCUUAUAAAUUCGUUCACGAAAACUAUUGAAAACACAUAGCAGGUGUUUAGUAAACCUAAGUAGUUAUUAUCUGAUAUAAGUAGAAAUUACACUAUAAAUAAAAAACUGAUAUUCUUGCUGUGCAAGAAUAGCCAGCACCCUAAAUUACAGAAUUUUCUUCUAGAGGUACUGACGGUUCAGAUGGUUCAUAAAAGUUUUGUUAAACAGUCUUUUCAGGUAUUGUCCUAGAAUCUUAAAACUUUUAGUCAACAAGUGAUUAAUAAUUGAUAACUUAUUAGGUCUAUGGGCUAAGUAUUCAUUGUGGUUAUUAUUCCAUUAUCUAAUCCUUAUUUUGGUCUGUAAUUAGGGUCGCCGAGCUGUUAAAGCAGGUGCUUAUGCCGCUUGCCAGGAAGCAAAGGAAGAUAUAAAGAGUCAUUCAGAAAAUGUCUCUCAACAUCCGCUUCAUGUGGAAGUAUUACACUCUGAGGUUAUGGCUCAUCAGAAAUUUGCUUUGCGUCUUGGUUCCUGGAUGAACAAAAUUAUGAGCUAUUCAAGUGACUUCAGGCAGAUCUUUUGCCAAGCAUGUCUUAGAGAAGAACCUGGCUCUGAGAAUCCAUGUCUCAUAAGCAGGUUAAUGCUUUGGGAUGCAAAGCUUUAUAAAGGUGCCCGUAAGAUCCUUCAUGAAUUGAUCUUCAGCAGUUUUUUUAUGGAGAUGGAAUACAAAAAACUCUUUGCUAUGGAAUUUGUGAAGUAUUAUAAACAACUGCAGAAAGACUAUAUCAGUGAUGACCAUGACAGGAGUAUCUCCGUAACUGCACUCUCAGUUCAGAUGUUCACUGUUCCUACUCUGGCUCGACAUCUCCUGGAAGAGCAGAAUGUUAUUUCUGUCAUUACUGAAACUCUGCUAGAAGUUUUACCUGAAUACUUGGACAGGAACAAUAAGUUCAACUUCCAGGGCUAUAGCCAGGACAAACUGGGAAGAGUAUAUGCAGUAAUAUGUGACCUAAAGUAUAUCCUGAUCAGCAAACCCACAAUAUGGACAGAAAGAUUAAGAAUGCAGUUUCUUGAAGGUUUUCGAUCUUUUUUGAAGAUUCUUACCUGUAUGCAGGGAAUGGAGGAAAUCAGAAGACAGGUUGGGCAACACAUUGAAGUGGAUCCUGAUUGGGAGGCUGCCAUUGCUAUACAGAUGCAAUUAAAGAAUAUUUUACUCAUGUUCCAAGAGUGGUGUGCCUGUGAUGAAGAACUCUUACUAGUUGCUUAUAAGGAGUGUCACAAAGCUGUGAUGAGAUGCAGUACAAGUUUUGUAUCUAGUAGCAAGAUUGUAGUUCAGUUGUGUGGCCAUAUUUUGGAAACUAAAUCCUACAGAGUGUCUGAGGAUCUCGUAAGCAUACACCUGCCACUUUCCAGGACGCUUGCUGGUCUUCAUGUGCGUUUAAGCAGGCUCGGUGCUGUUUCGAGACUACAUGAAUUUGUGCCUUUUGAGGACUUUCAAGUAGAGGUACUAGUAGAAUAUCCCUUGCGUUGUCUGGUGCUGGUUGCCCAGGUUGUUGCUGAGAUGUGGCGAAGAAAUGGGCUCUCCCUCAUUAGCCAGGUAUUUUAUUAUCAAGAUGUUAAAUGCAGAGAAGAAAUGUAUGAUAAAGAUAUCAUCAUGCUUCAGAUUGGAGCAUCUUUAAUGGAUCCUAACAAGUUCUUGUUACUGGUACUUCAAAGGUAUGAACUUACUGAUGCUUUUAACAAGACUAUAUCGACAAAAGACCAGGAUUUGAUUAAACAAUAUAAUACCUUAAUAGAAGAAAUGCUUCAGGUCCUCAUCUAUAUUGUGGGAGAGCGUUACGUUCCUGGAGUAGGAAAUGUGACUAAAGAAGAAGUCACAAUGAGAGAAAUUACUCACUUGCUUUGCAUUGAACCCAUGCCACACAGUGCCAUUGCCAAAAAUUUACCUGAGAAUGAAAAUAAUGAAACUGGCUUAGAGAAUGUCAUAAACAAAGUGGCCACCUUUAAGCGACCAGGUAUAUCAGGCCAUGGAGUUUAUGAACUAAAAGAUGAAUCUUUGAAAGACUUUAAUAUGUACUUUUAUCAUUACUCCAAAACACAGCACAGCAAGGCUGAGCAUAUGCAGAAAAAAAGGAGAAAACAAGAAAAUAAAGAUGAAGCAUUGCCCCCACCAUCACCUCCUGAGUUCUGUCCUGCUUUCAGCAAAGUAGUUAACCUUCUCAACUGUGAUAUUAUGAUGUACAUUCUCAGAACCAUAUUUGAGCGAGCAGUAGAUACAGAUUCUAACUUGUGGACGGAAGGGAUGCUCCAAAUGGCAUUCCAUAUUCUGGCACUGGGCUUACUAGAAGAGAAGCAGCAACUUCAAAAAUCUCCCGAAGAAGAAGUGACAUUUGACUUUUACCAUAAGGCUUCAAGAUUGGGAAGUUCAGCCUUGAAUGCUCAGAAUAUACAGAUGCUUUUGGAAAAGCUCAAAGGAAUUCCCCAGUUAGAAGGCCAGAAGGACAUGAUAACAUGGAUACUUCAGAUGUUUGACACAGUAAAGCGAUUAAGAGAAAAAUCUUGUUUAAUUGUAGCAACUACUUCAGGAUUGGAAUCCAUUAAGAAUGAUGAGAUUACUCAUGAUAAAGAAAAGGCAGAACGAAAACGAAAAGCUGAAGCUGCUAGGCUACAUCGCCAGAAGAUCAUGGCUCAGAUGUCUGCCUUACAGAAAAACUUCAUUGAAACUCACAAACUCAUGUAUGAUAACACAUCAGAAAUGCCUGGGAAAGAAGACUCCAUUAUGGAGGAAGACAGCGCUCCUGUAGUCAGUGACUACUGUAGAAUUGUUUUGGGUCCUAAACGGGGUCCAACUAUUACAGAAAAGGAGGUGCUGACAUGCAUCCUCUGCCAAGAAGAACAAGAGGUGAAAAUAGAAAGUAAUGCCAUGGUGUUCUCAGCCUGUGUCCAGAAGUCCACUGCCUUAACCCAGCAUAGGGGAAAGCCCAUAGAACUCUCGGGGGAAACCUUGGACCCACUUUUUAUGGAUCCAGACUUGGCAUAUGGAACUUAUACAGGAAGCUGUGGUCAUGUAAUGCAUGCUGUGUGCUGGCAGAAGUAUUUUGAAGCUGUACAGCUGAGCUCUCAACAGCGCAUUCAUGUUGACCUUUUUGACUUGGAGAGUGGAGAGUAUCUUUGCCCUCUUUGCAAGUCUCUGUGCAAUACUGUGAUCCCCAUUAUUCCUUUGCAACCUCAGAAGAUAAACAGUGAGAAUGCAGAAGCUCUUGCUCAACUCUUGACCUUGGCACAGUGGAUACAGACUGUUCUCGCCCGAAUAUCAGGUUAUAAUAUGAAACAUACUAAAGGAGAAAACCCAACAAUGCCUGUCUUGUUUAAUCAAGGAAUGGGAGAUUCCACUUUUGAGUUUCAUUCCAUCCUGAGUUUUGGAGUUCAGUCUUCGAUCAAAUAUUCUAAUAGCAUCAAGGAAAUGGUCAUUCUCUUUGCCACAACAAUUUAUCGAAUUGGACUGAAAGUGCCUCCUGAUGAAAUGGACCCUCGGGUCCCCAUGAUGACUUGGAGCACGUGUGCUUUUACUAUCCAGGCAAUUGAAAACUUAUUGGGAGAUGAAGGAAAACCUCUAUUUGGAGCACUUCAAAAUAGGCAGCACAAUGGGCUGAAAGCAUUGAUGCAGUUUGCAGUUGCACAAAGGAUGACCUGUCCUCAGGUCCUGAUACAGAAACAUUUGGUUCGUCUUCUGUCAGUUGUUCUUCCAAACCUACAAUCAGAAGAUACACCAUGUCUUCUAUCUAUAGAUCUAUUUCAUGUUUUGGUAGGUGCUGUGUUAGCAUUCCCAUCUUUGUACUGGGAUGAUACUGUUGAUCUGCAGCCUUCAUCAAUUAGUUCUUCCUAUAACCACCUCUAUCUCUUCCAUUUGAUCACCAUGGCACACACGCUUCAGAUACUCCUUACAAUAGACACAGGCCUCCCCCUUGCUCAGGUUGAAGAAGACAGUGAAGAAGCUCAUUCUGCAUCUUCUUUCUUUGCAGAAGUUUCACAGUAUACAAGUGGCUACACUGGGUGUGGUAUUCCUGGCUGGUAUUUGUGGGUCUCCUUGAAGAAUGGCAUCACUCCUUAUCUUCGCUGUGCCGCGUUGUUUUUCCACUACUUACUUGGGGUAACUCCACCUGAAGAACUGCUUACCAAUUCUGCAGAGGGAGAAUAUAACGCACUAUGUAGUUAUUUAUCUUUACCCACAAACUUGUUCCUGCUUUUCCAGGAGUAUUGGGAUACUGUAAGGCCUUUGCUUCAGAGAUGGUGUGCAGAUCCUGCCUUACUCAAUUGUUUGAAGCAGAAAAGCAUCAUGGUCAGGUACCCUAGAAAAAGAAAUAGUUUGAUAGAACUUCCUGAUGACUACAGCUGCCUCCUAAAUCAAGCUUCUCAUUUCAGGUGUCCACGGUCCUCGGAUGAUGAACGAAAGCAUCCUGUUCUCUGUCUUUUCUGUGGGGCCAUACUAUGUUCUCAGAACAUUUGCUGCCAGGAAGUCGUGAAUGGGGAAGAGGUUGGAGCUUGCAUUUUUCACGCACUUCAUUGUGGAGCAGGAGUCUGCAUUUUCCUGAAAAUCAGAGAGUGCAGAGUGGUCCUGGUGGAAGGUAAAGCCCGAGGCUGUGCCUAUCCAGCCCCUUACUUGGAUGAGUAUGGAGAAACAGACCCUGGGCUAAAGAGGGGCAACCCUCUUCACUUAUCUCGGGAGAGAUAUAGGAAGCUCCAUUUGGUGUGGCAGCAACACUGCAUUAUAGAAGAGAUUGCCAGGAGCCAGGAAACUAAUCAGAUGUUAUUUGGAUUCAACUGGCAGUUACUGUGAACAUCAACUCUGCCUCAAGACAAUCACGAAUGACACCAGUAAUGAAGACUGAUUUAAAAUUAUGGAGAACUUUCUGAGGGCUGGGGAAAUAUUGGAGGGGCUUCUGCUCCAUGUCCAGAUUCACAUACAUCAAUAAAAUAUUCCUUAAUGGAGUAUUACUUUCAAUUAGCAAACAUAUGCUUCAUGGGAAAAAAGGACAUAGAUUAAUCUGUUUUAUGUUCUAGAACACUAAAGAAAUACUUGCACACCCCAAGUGACUGAUUUUGCUAAUAUUUUCAAGAAAACUCAUUCCCUUAAUAAUCUGUCCUAUUUCAUUUCAUUUCAUCCACCUGGUAAAUGAAGUUGCAUCAAGGAGUCGUAGGCAUUUUAAUGUGCUGGUUAGCUCUUCUAUAAUUUUGUAUUUGGUGUUUUCCCAAGUGUAAUUCAGUUAGCACUGGUCACUGACAAGAUUCCGAUCAUCUGUUAAGGUCUUCUUUGCAACUAAAGAGGAUUUGCAGAAACCGGUAUAUUUCAUUUGAGAAAGAUUUCAAAAAAGUAAGCUUAUUUCUCUCUUAAGGAGAUAUCCUUAAUGUAACAUUACCUAUUUAGCCAGAAAUUUAUCUAAAUGUCUUUAUAGACAGAGUGUGAGUUCUUCUGGUAUGAAAAAUGUCUUUCCCACUGUAGACCUCAAGAAGAGUAGGAUAAUGUAUUCAUUAUUAGUUUCUGAUGGUACAAAGAGCCUUUAUAAUCCUCACCUUUUACUACAAAUAGCUUUGUUGAGUUUCAAGUUAAACUUUUAGUUUUCCAAAGGCACGUUUCUACAGUGAAAUCUCAUAUCUCUUGAUUAUGGCACCAUCCUAUUUGACUCUCCAAAACCACUGCCAUUCUAAAGUAAACUAUUUGUAGAAUGAGGACAAGAAAAAUUCCUUGAUUAAGGCUGGAGCAGUGGCUCAAGUGGGAGGCUCUCAGUUCAAACCCAAGUACCACCAAAAAAGAAAAGAAAAGAAAAUUCUCCCAAUUAAUGGAAUAUAACAGCUGUAAAUUUUAUGUAACCUUCUGUGUCUUUGUAAAAGACACUGGGUCCUUGGUUUGUUAUCUUUGGGCAACCUUUUCAUAAACUCAUGUUUUAUGACUAGCGUAAAUAACCAAAAAAGGCUCAGUUGGCAGAGUGGCUGCCUAGUAAGCACAAAGCUUUGAGUUCAAACCCCAAUACCACUCCCUCCCCCAGCCUCCCCCCACCAAAAAAAAAAGUCUGUGUCCCAUUUUAACAUGCUGUGGUUGAGCCACUUUGUUUAUGAAAAGUGUUCUCCUAAGUCUGUGCAUAGGCUUCUUGGUUCUUGGCUUUAACUUUUUAUAUCAAGAACUUGUAUAAAACAGCAGGCAGAAGAUAAAUUGAAACCUUCCAUUUUAGCUUCUGAUGUUUUUGGUAAUGUUAGCAGUUUGAAAGAUGCAUUCAAAAGAUUGUAUCUUAUUUUGCCCUUGGCUACUUACUACUACCAAAUAUAUAUAUAUAUGUUUUCCUACUUCCUUUUGCUCAGCAAAGGCAAGCAAGUAAAAAUAUAUUUGCCAAGUGAUCAGUGAUACACAUUUAGGACUAGAUUUUUUGGUAUUUUUUAUGUAAAGUGGAUUUUGCAGUAAGGGAUUGGCAUAAGCAGGCAUCAGAAUCACAAUCAUGAUUUUCUACUUGGAUAAUUACUAUUCUGAAGGUAUCAGGAAAUAGAUACAACUGAUGAGCAAUUUGUAACAAUAGGUGAAGAUCAUAAAAUUACUCAGUUUGUCAAAUUUGCCAGUUUGAUUAAAUUAUUUGACCUUUUGUUUCUUAGUAAUUUUUUUGGAUGGAUUGUUUGGGAAGUCUGAACUAGAAUAGGCAACAUAAAAUGCUGACUUUUGCCCUAAUUGACUAUUCCUCAUUUGGCAAGGAUUACCUGAUUUUCUUUGUAAUCUUUUUAUACUCCUUUCCUAAGUUCUGGAGUUAAACUAUCAGGCUGCCAGAGGGACACUCUGGCACUGUCCAGCCAUCCUUUACUGCCAAAGAGCCCAUUUCAUAUUGAGUUCUGCUUGUUGACAUUCAGAUCCCUGCACAGUAGAUGAACAAUACUUCAGUACUGCCCUCAACCCUACCAAUUUCUAAAGGUAUACAUAGGUCCUAGUGGUUUGCCUUCAUCAUUGCAAACAAUUUAAUUUUGCCUAUAAAGUUUACUUACAAACAAGCAACCAAGUCACUUUAUUUUCUGUGGUGUAAUACGUGAAGAAACUGGUUGAACAGAAUUUCUCCAAAUCUGUUUUUCUAACCUUUGGUAAGGGACUGACAAGAAUUUUAAUGAUAUGGUAAAGAAAAAUAUCUGUAUAAUUAAUUUAUUAUGUUGGUAUAUGGGCUAUGAGUUCACCUUUUAGUGGUCAUUUGUCAUUUCAUAACAACUAUGCAUUUUGGCUCACUGUGAUGAUGAUCUGUAUUUAGUGACUGCAACAUGUUUAUACCACUGAUUCAAAUUCCAUUCAUGAUGAAGUUACACAGAUAAUGCAUAUAUUGAUAUCUUUUAUUGCAAAAAUGUAAAUUUAAAACUUGUAUAAUGUUCUUGUGCUUUUUUGAAAUAAAAUAUCUUA